GGAACACUGAAACAUGUGUCGUGUUGUCUGAUAGCUGUCUUGAGUUGUCAGGUGUUUAUUUGAAAUAAAAUCUCUAUGAAAUAUUAAUCUAAUUCCAAUUAAAACCUUAUAAAAAAUCGUAGCAAGUCACAAUGGUGGUGUUGGAAGGCGAUUCCGGGGAUGCGAAACCUAUUUCCGCUGAAGAAAAUGAUAAAGAAGAAGUCAAGUCGCCGAGGCUUUUAACUUUAGAAAUUUUCCGCAUCACGAAGGAUGCUCAGCAACAGCAUGGCCUGCGCCACGGUGACUACCAGCGCUACCGAGGAUAUUGUUCAAGGCGCAUCAGGAGGCUGCGUAAAGUGCUCAAAAUACCCCAGGGUGACCGCCGUCACUACCGCCGACGUGACGUCACCACCGUCCACCUGACUGCCACGACGGCAGAGAGCCGCUUGCUCUGCGUGCCACUACUCCAAGCAGAGAGAGCGUGGGCCUACGCUAUGCAGUUACGCCAAGAAGCGAACACUGAGCCCAGGAAGAAGUUCCAUCUCGUGUCCCGGUUGAAGAAGGCGUUUGCUCAUGCUCAGACGCUACUGCAGUUAUGCGAGCAAAGUGGUGUCUGCGACGCUCGCACGCAGCUGGAGGCGGGCGCGUACGCGGCGUGGCUGGGCGGCGCCCUACUAGUGGAGCUACAGCAGUGGCGUGCGGCUGCCGAGAGCCUGCACCGCGCACAGCUCGUGCUGGAGAAACUCUGUGCCGCCCUGCCCGAGGAUGAGAGGACUGUGUUUAAGCAGAAGGUAGAAGAACUGAAGCCCAGUCUCCGCUACUGCGCGUACAACAUCGGCGACGAGUCGGCGGCCGGCGACCUCGUGGCGAUGCGCGGACAGGGGCUCAUUGAGAACCUCGAUACUCUCAUGGCGCAAGCUAAGGAGUCUCGCUCUGGCGUGAUGCAUGAGAUAGAAUGGCGCGGUCGACGAGUCACUGUGAGACCGGAAAAAGUGCGUCUAUUCCUUAUCGCAUUGCAAGAUCUAGACAAGUCCGUCGCCAGCGCAGAGACCGUACAAGCCAAGAUUGAUAUCCUCGAAAACAUCCUCAUGGAUUGCAAGGACGCUAUUUCAGCUAUUAAGGACGAAAUCAAAAGUGACCCCAAGCUUAAAUCGGCUUCCGAAACGCAGAUGUCUGGCAUCAACUACUUGCUUUCUUAUUUGAUGUACUUGCGUCUGAUGCGUACUAUUGAGAGGAACAACUUGCUCGUACAACAGGCGGAGGAAGCUCGUAAGAACAACAUACAGAUUGACGGCAAGAAGGUCCGUCCUCAAGACCUCACUCGGCUCUAUGAGAUCAUCUUGCAGAACUUCACUGAAUUGCAACAGUUGCCCGGAUUUGAAACUGAUGCGGCAUACCAGCAGGAAAUAGAGACCUUGACGAAGGCAUACCGUGCGUUCCGUUGCUACUACAUCGCUCAAGUGUUGACUGGGCUACGUCGCUUCCGAGAGGCACUCGCCAUGUUGGAACGUUGCAGCAACUACUCCGCCGAGUCGCUGGCCAGCAAGCUCAGCGACAAACAACUCGUGGACAAGUUGCAAAUAUUGAAGAAGGACAUAGAGAGCUGCAAAUUCGAAGUCCAUGCUGACUCCGUUCUUGAGGACGAUGAAGAAGACGAAGACACGAAGUAUACAUCAAGUGGUAGGUCUUACAAGGACAAGAAACCUCUCGUUGAUCGCUUGGACGAGUACAGGGAGGAUACUCAGGUUCUCACUAAGAACCCCAACAUCUACAAAAUGCCGCCGCCGAUGGAAGCCAUUCCCUGCAAGCCGCUAUUCUUCGACCUCGCUUGCAACUUCGUGGAGUUCCCGAACUUGGACGAUAAGACCGGCGCGGCGGACAGUAAGAAGCAAGGUGCAGGCCUUACUGGACUAGUCAAAGGUUUCUUGGGAUGGGGCAAAAGUGACAAGUAGAUAUAUACAUCCAUUCAUACAUAUUUAUACAGGUUCAUUGGUUUUAUUAUGUACCAGGAUUUGUUUUUAAAGGUUCAAAUUAUAUACAUCUAUAUAAAUAAAA